ACUCAUGAAGAAUCUUCGAAAUUCAAAAGCAUAUUUGAAACGUUACUAUGAAAUUGAUAUAAAAUUGUCGACUGACAUAGGUUACAUAUACUACCAAAUUUCAACAAUUCACAAACCAAUCCAACAUCCCUUCUUCCUAGCAAGCGGCAAUUUUUGUCACGAUCAACCGUGACUAAUCAAUUUCAUCAUAUCAUCUACCAUUUAAUCCAUUCUUCCAUUUAACACUAUUUCACAAUUGGGGUUUAUCCAAAAAUCUUAAAGAAAAACCCCACAAUUUUCUUCUAAAUUAGCAAAUAAAAAUGAAGGCAGAAACAGUAACAUUGGCACUAGUAAACUUAACAGGAAUAAUAGAAAGGGCAGACGAGUCUUUAUUACCAGGUGUGUAUAAGGAAGUUGGAUUAGCACUCCAUGCUGAUCCAACAAGAUUGGGCUCACUCACUCUUUUCCGAUCAAUGGUCCAGUCACUUUGCUACCCAGCUGCAGCUUACCUUGUUGCUCGCCAUAACAGGGCACGCGUGAUUGCUUAUGGUGCUUUUAUUUGGGCUGUUGCCACUUUUCUUGUUGCUUUCUCCUCUACCUUCUCUCAGGUGGCAGUAUCGAGAGCUUUAAAUGGGAUAGGCCUUGCCAUAGUUGCGCCUGCUAUUCAAUCUCUUGUAGCUGACUCGACUGAUGAUGACAAACGUGGGAUAGCAUUCGGAUGGCUACAGCUUACUAGCAAUAUUGGUUCGACAAUUGGUGGAUUGUUUUCCUUAAUGAUAGCAACCAUUACUUUUUUGGGAAUUCCGGGCUGGAGGCUCGCGUUUCAUCUCGUUGGUAUCGUCAGUGUUAUCAUUGGUAUUUUGGUUCGCUUAUUUGCUAAUGAUCCUCACUUCCCAGAUGGCCGUCUGAAGAAUGAAGGUCAUGGUAAUUCCUUCAAGUCGGAAGUGCAAGGUCUCGUACAAGAAGCAAAAUCGGUCAUAAAGAUUCGAUCUUUUCAGAUUAUUGUAGCUCAGGGUGUUACUGGUUCUUUCCCUUUGUCAGCUUUGUCCUUUGCCCCAAUGUGGUUGGAGCUUACUGGACUUUCUCAUGAGAAGACUGCUAUUCUUAUUAGCUUGUUUGUGGUAGGUGGUUCAAUUGGAGGACUCUUUGGAGGAAGGAUGGGUGACAUGUUAUCCAAGCGUCUACCUAAUUGUGGGAGGAUAAUUCUAGCUCAAAUAAGCUCAGCAUCAGCAAUCCCCCUAUGCGAUCCUUCUGCAGCAUUCGUGCAUGGACUGGUCCUGUUUAUUACAGGGUUCUACAUAUCUUGGAAUGCUCCAGCUACAAACAAGUAAUGAUCUUCUUACAAGACUUCUAUUGUCCAUUUCUCUGCUGUUAGGGUGUGUUUGGAAUGUCCAGAAAAUAUUUUUCCAUGUUUGGUUGGUCAAAAUGUUUUGGGAAACAUUUUUUCUAGGAAAGCAAGUUCCUUAAAAAUGAAGAAAAUGAUUUUCCUAAUGAAAGUAGGCAAGUGCUAUAAUUUCAAAUUUCUUUGUCUCCUCCCUACCCACACAACGCCCCCAACCCCCACUCCCGAACAACCACUCCCCACCCCAUCCCAACCCCAUAGUGUUUUGCUAGAUUACAUAUAAAUGUUCAUGGGAUAAUAUAUUUUUGUUUACUUACCAACAGUAAAAAAAAUAAGUAAGAAACCCACUUGUUUUUUAAGAAAACAUUUUCCUUCAUACCAAACACCCUAGUGUUCGUUAGUUAGCUACUCAAAAUGUUUUGAUUGGAAUGGUGGAAGAAGGGAUUUUGGUCAAUGAGGAUAGUCAGAUCAUUAUCUAAGUAAGGCCUAAAGGAAACACAUUACUAAUAGGAGUUCAACGAUUGUUCCAUGAAGUUGUAGAGUAGUAUAUUACUGUGUUGCCAAAUUUAAAAGAAAUAUAACCAUUUUGAUUUAACUUAUGAGUACAUCCAUGGUCACGAAAAGGUGAUGAUCGAGAAGGUCCUUCCUUAAGAAAGUUUGAUUUCAACUUUCAUUGUGCAUUGUCAGUGUUGAAUGUCUUGAUUGCAUAUUAUGCUGAAGUGCCAACACUCUAAUUUUUGCAAAGAUAGUGCCUGAGAAGUCAAGAACCAGUAUAUAUGCUCUGGACCGAUUAUUUGAAUCUGUAUUGUCGUCUUUUGCUCCUCCUGUUGUUGGGCUACUGGCUCAGAAUGUUUAUGGUUAUAAACCAGUUCCUGAAGGUACUGAAAGUAUUGCUACAGAUAGAGGAAAUGCUAAAGCUUUGGCGCAAGCGUUGUUCACUUCCAUAGGAACUCCAAUGGCAUUAUGAUGUGUUAUUUACUCUUUUCUCUAUUGCACCUAUCCAAGAGAUAAAGAGCGGGCUCAAAUGGAAGCACUGAUAGAAUCUGAGAUGCAAAUCAUUGGCAUGGAUACAUUUCCGGCUACUCAAGAAUAUUCACAAGUCAAGUCGUUUGAACCCUAAGAGCACCUUGAAGACAGAAUCAUUGUUGAAAUGGAUUAUGGGGAAGAUGGACUUGACUUUGAUGAUGAUGAUGAUGAGAAGACAUUAGUCCACCACCACUCGACAUUUUCUGAACUGGAUCUAUAGUAGUCAUUGUACCAAGAUAGAUUUCUAUUUACAUGGAUGAUCACAUGGCUACACAUCGAAAUACGAAUUUAUAUCAGUCGAUCAGUAGUUUAGGGAGCAGUUUAGGGUUUUGGCCAUCAUUGAAAGUUAUCAUAAGGAUCAAUAGUUGUAGAGCACCUUAGAUUUCCCUUUCAUUCUUUCAAGCUUCGUAAUCCAUGCCUUUUGGUUACAUGUAACAUCUUUUGGAGUAUCUUCCCUCUUUGUGGUCCUUUUUUAUUGUGCAUCUGUAUGGGUUCUUGAGAAUGGAAGUCUGAAGGUUAGUUUGAUAUUAGAUCACCUCUUAGAAAACAUACUGUAUAGGGAGUAUUAUUAUAUCCUCUUGUAUAUCUGUACAUCUCCAAAUCUGGAAUGCUGUGAACCUCAUGCAUUCUUUCAUAGUUAACUUCUUAUCUAAAUAUUAUGUGAAAUCCCUUGUUCCAGAAA